AUGAGCAGCUACCUUUGGCGGUACUACCUCGAAAAUGAUGCGGAGCGCUUCCAGCGCCUGCUCCAAGGCUCGCAGCCCUACUCCUAUACCACGGGACACCGCGCACACAGGGCGGGGUUGACGACUCCCACGGGCUCCUAUAAAUCAUCACUGGGCGGUACCAUCUCGGCGAAGAAUCGUCCGGGAUCGCCACCAGCGAAUGUCGUGAUUACGAAGAAGAUGCUGGCGGAGCUCGACGCUAUGGGGAGGAACGUCUUGCAUCUGGCGUGUACGGAGCAAGAUCGGUUGCCAUUCGUUACGGCGUUGCUGGCACAUCCCCUCACGGACCCGACGUUGGUGGAUCUGGAGUCGGGGUGGACGUGUCUGCAUCGUGCGUUGUACCAUGCGAACAUUUCUGCGGCACGGGAGAUCAUCCUGGCGAGUCCCAGCAACUGGAGUCUCGUCAAGUCCAAGGACAAUGCGGGAGAUGCACCGUUCGAUGUUUUCGAGGCGACUAUCGAAGAGGUUGAGAUUACUCCCGAAGGACGCGCUCGCGAGGAUGUGGACGAUGGAUUGGAUGGAGAUUCGGAUACGGAUGAAGCAACUGUAGCUGGCGGAAGCCAACUGGUGGCGAUGGGAGACGAGGUGUUUUUUUGGGGCUCCAACAAAAACAUGACUCUGGGUUUCAUCGAUGGAGACGAUCGCUCUUUUCCGGAGCGGAUUCCGCUGCACCGACCAAGACAUCUACUGUUGGAGCAGGCGAAGCGACGGUAUCACGACGGGCUAGGAAACCAAGGCAAGACAGCCGAGGAACUUUUAGAUGCAACCGUACUGUUUAAUCCCAUCCGAAUUCAAGAAGUCUUUCUUUCAAAAUUUCACACUGCCAUCCUUACAGAUGAUCCCCAUUCCAAUCUCUUCGUAUGUGGUUUCGGCCGCGGUGGUCGACUCGGUUUCGGCGAAGAGCAGACUGUCCAGUUCACGUUCCGUCCGCUGUCGCCGCCGCUACUUCCGAAGAAGAGGGUGGUAAAGGUAGCGCUAGGACAGGACCACACUGUUGUUGUCCUUGAGGGUGGAGAUGUGUACUCUUGGGGGAGGAAUCAGUGUGGCCAGCUGGGUUAUGCUCAGCCACAGAAAUCGCCCAAGGAGGAGCCACUGCAGCCGACACCCCGUCAGGUCUUCGGCCUCAUCAAACGUGAGAUUGUCAUCGGAUGUGCAGCUAGUCGAGUCCAUACUGCUGUCUUCACGGAAGACUCCCUGUUUACUUUCGGGAAGAACGAUGGCCAGUUAGGCAUCUUGGAUUCUUCGGACGCGCAGACCGUGGAAGUCCAGUCCACACCACGCAAAGUCUCCGCCAUGUUCUUGAAUGGAACCAAGAUCAAGGACGUCGUCGCUAUCGACAAGGCCACUGUUAUCUUGCUCGAGAAUAGCGAAGUCUGGAUCUUGGCAGGAUAUGGCUAUUCCAGGCUCACAUUCCCCAUGGAACGUUUCUUUGGUUUACCAGCCGGUGUAAUGAACGUCACUCGGUACGACACUGGCUCUAACUCGAUCAUGAAAAUCACGGGAGGAGGAGACACUAUUUGCACUCUGUCGCAGAUGGGCGAUGUCUUCGCGCUUGAUGUGGACGCCACGUUGAAAGAAAAGGCUACCCGGGGAUCCGGCAAAGUUUCUUGGAUGCCACAGAGGGCUUGGAGCUUGAGGAAGAAGCGCAUGGCCGUGCGGGAUGUCGACAUUGGAGCUGAUGGCAACAUAAUAAUUUGCACUCAAUCUGGUAGCGUCUGGAGUCGAGUUAAACGGGCCAAAAUCAAGGAGAGCGGUGGAGAGGCUGGACGAUACAAGUUUGAUCGUGUUCCGGGAUUGACUCGCAUCACGUCGGUAAGGAGCAAUACGACUGGUUCAUUCGCCGCUAUCCGGAAGGAUUCCGAUUUGAUGCGGACUCGGCUCUCAGUGGAGCCAUCCGGACUCUGGGAUGAGGUCAGCCAGAUGCUAUCCUUUGGCGGUUUGUUCGCACUGGACGAGGACGCCGAAGAUAUACGACUGAACGACGAAGGUGACGAAGAGUGGGGAUACGGUCCCAAACCGAGACCUGAAGGAUAUUCAAAAGCCGUUGCUUGGUUCACGAAGCAAACAGUGGAGGAAGAACUUCAGUCACAUCUUGCCGACCUCGAACUUCACGAAGGCUUGGAUCAGUGGGACAUGACUGUUUCUAACAGCAAGAGCGAAGCCGUCUGUAUUCCAGUCCACAGCUUUAUUUUGUCGAGGUCUCCCGUUCUGCGCAAGCUGGUUUCUGAACGCUCUGGCAGUGUGCCCGGUGUGUGCGAGAUAGUGCCGUCCGCAGAGAAAUUAAAGCUCGUAUUCCACGAUGUCGAGCUUUUAACCGUUCUAAAUCUAGUCUAUUAUCUCUAUGUCGAUACGGUCAUUGAUCUUUGGCAUCGCCGCGGGACAACCAAGCCGGAACGGGAGUUUUUCAAGUCUUUGAGGACCGAGCUGUCAGAAGUCGCUGUUGCUCUCGGGUUGGCAGCACUCCAUGAUGCGGUGGGGAGAAUGCACUACCCAUCUCGUUGUCUGGAUAAUGAUCUCAAGCUGGCUUACGGAGAUCCUGCGUUCUUCGAGACGGCGGAUAUGAUAAUCGACGCUGCGGACGGCGAAGCUAUCUCGGUACAUUCUACUCUAAUGCGUGUUCGGUGUCCCUUCUUCGAUGCCCUGUAUGGAGGAGGGGCCGGCGGACGGUGGCUUCUGGGUCGCCAAAUGGAAAAGGGAGCAAUACAUGUCGAUAUGAAGCACGUUCCAAGGGAAAUCAUAGAUAUGGUAGUCUCGUGGCUCUACUACGAUUGGGAUGUCGAGGGCUUCGACGGUAUUCGAGUUGGCGUGAAGGACACCGAUAUUGACCAGUAUCUCGACUUCGUGCUGGACGUACUUGCUACUGCCAACGAGCUCAUGCUCGAGAGGCUGUCUCAGAUUUGUCAAAAGGUGAUUGGCCGGUAUGUCAAUACUCGCAACGCGGCGGGACUGCUCUCGGCCUGUGCACCGUGCUCGGAGAAGGGCUUUAAGCAGCAGUGUUUGCAGUACAUCUGCUCUAACCUUGAGACUAUGCUUGAAAACCAUCUACUGGAUGGGGUAGACGAUGAUCUCAUGGCCGAACUUGACGAAGCCGUUCGUGCGAAUCAGAAGCGUCUGUCCCCUCGUUCUCGAACUGGUAGGCAGGAACAACAGCUUCUUGAGAAGUAUCCAACAAUGAAAGAUGAUUCCGAAAAGGAACGAGCUGCGUUAAUUGCCCACUACACUGCCAUGUCGGAGGAACAGCCACUUUCGAGCUCAUUGAAGUUCUCCUCACCGUCAUCAUCGUCCCCCCAGCAGCCUAAGCGGAAGGCUCCGAAGGCUACAGUUGCCCGUGGUUCUCCGUUGGUUAAGCCGGCGCAGCAGGGCCAUGACGAUAUCUUCUCGAUGGAUGACGACGAGAUACCUCGCGCUUCUUCGCCUAUCAGGAUAUCUACGGGCAUUGAAACAAACGCCCCCACUGUGAGAAACGCCAAAGGAAAGGCGCCUGCAUGGGGUGGGAUACCUCAACAGUCGCCCUGCAGCUUUCCUCAAGAGGUCGCAUUUGAGCUUCCGGCACCGCCGCCGCGUCGGUCAUCCAUUGACCCAUGGCAAGCACCUUCAGCAGUCAAAUCCGACAAACUCGACCUGAAGGAAAUCAUGUCACAAGCCGCCGCUACAGCAUCCGGGCGAUCAGCACUCACAGCGCAACUCAUGGCUACCUCUUCUUCUUCCACUGCUUCUCCCAAGUCUGAAACACCGCAGAAGUUGAGUCAGAAGGAACGGAAGCGCCAACAGCAGCAACAGCAAAUGACAAGCUCGUUGGUGAUGUCUACCCCACCUUCGACACCGGAUAAGAAGGCGCCUUGGAAUAUCAAUCCUGCUGCGUCGACACCUCGUGUUUCACUGAAGGAAGUCCUUGCUUCCUCCUCGUCGACUUUAGCUACACCUCCCUCUGUUGCUCCGAUACAGCAGCGAGCAGCAAUGGCCUCCCUAACACCCAAAUCUCCAGCUGUGCGGAAUGUUCCUUCCGCCUCGUCUCUAGCCGUCUCCCCGCCAGUACACCGCCCCCGACCCUCAGAAUUCCUUCCCCUCAGUAUACAAGACAUCAUCGAUCAGGAAGAGGCCCAGAAGGUGUUACUGAAGGAAUACCAAAUGAAGCGAAAUUUGCAGGAGAUUCAGGAAGAGCAAGAGUUUCUCCAGUGGUGGGAGGCAGAGAGUAGGCGUGUCAAGGAGGAAGAGGAGGCACAGAAGAGGGAGGAGGAGAGAAAGGCUCGUGGAGGCAAGAGGGGCGGAAGAGGUGGAAGAGGGAGUGGCGGCGGCGGUGGGGGGAGGGGGAAGGGGAAGGCGAGAGGCGGCAAAACGGGAGGAAGUGGAGGCGGCGAUACCAGUGGUGGUGCGGAGGGUGGAAGUGGGCCUAUACCUGCGCCGGCACCGGCACAGCGUAGAAAUUCUGGGCCUGGUCCGGGGCCAGGUCCAGGUCCGCGCCCUGUUCAGGGUAGGAGAGGUGGGAGGAGAAAUGCUCCGCCUACUGCGGCAGCGACAGCGGUGUGA